UUUAGUAGAGUGAGGCUACUGAUGUGAGUGCAGCCCAGGCUCCUUGUUUGGGAUAUGGGAGGGUGCGGUGAGCAGGGAUGGGAGCUUCAUAAGAACAACACAAGUCGGUCAGUUCCACACCAUCAACAAAAGGCUAAAUCCCCCCCGGCCCAGCACUGUCAGGUGAUUGUCUCCUGUUGGUGUAAGGAAGGAAAACCGAGCUGAAAAUGUGUGACGACGAAGAAAGCACUGCCAUCGUGUGUGAUAAUGGAUCAGGACUGUGUAAGGCAGGCUUCGCCGGGGAUGACGCUCCCAGGGCUGUGUUCCCCUCUAUAGUGGGGCGUCCCAGACACCAGGGAGUAAUGGUGGGAAUGGGACAAAAAGACAGUUAUGUCGGUGAUGAGGCACAAAGCAAAAGGGGAAUCCUGACCCUUAAGUACCCAAUAGAGCAUGGGAUCAUCACAAACUGGGACGACAUGGAAAAAAUCUGGCAUCAUUCUUUCUACAAUGAACUGCGUGUGGCUCCAGAAGAGCACCCCACUCUGCUGACCGAGGCCCCCCUCAAUCCCAAAGCCAACAGGGAGAAGAUGACCCAGAUCAUGUUUGAGACCUUCAAUGUUCCAGCCAUGUACGUAGCUAUCCAAGCGGUGCUGUCUCUCUAUGCUUCAGGCCGUACAACAGGCAUUGUCCUUGACUCUGGUGAUGGUGUCACCCAUAAUGUGCCCAUUUAUGAGGGCUAUGCUCUUCCCCAUGCCAUUAUGCGUUUGGACUUGGCCGGCCGUGAUCUCACUGACUACCUCAUGAAGAUCCUAACUGAACGAGGCUACUCAUUCGUCACCACUGCUGAGAGAGAAAUUGUCCGUGAUAUCAAGGAGAAGUUGUGCUACGUUGCGCUGGACUUUGAGAAUGAGAUGGCCACCGCUGCCUCUUCCUCCUCCCUGGAGAAGAGCUAUGAGCUUCCUGAUGGACAGGUCAUCACCAUUGGCAAUGAGAGGUUCCGCUGCCCUGAGACUCUCUUCCAGCCCUCCUUCAUCGGAAUGGAAUCUGCUGGUAUCCAUGAAACCACUUACAACAGCAUCAUGAAAUGCGACAUAGACAUCCGUAAGGACCUGUAUGCCAACAAUGUGCUUUCUGGUGGUACCACAAUGUACCCUGGUAUUGCAGACAGGAUGCAGAAGGAGAUCACUGCUUUGGCUCCCAGCACAAUGAAGAUUAAGAUCAUCGCCCCACCUGAGCGCAAGUACUCCGUGUGGAUCGGCGGCUCAAUCCUGGCCUCCCUCUCCACCUUCCAGCAGAUGUGGAUAAGCAAGCAGGAGUACGACGAGGCUGGGCCGUCCAUCGUGCAUCGCAAGUGCUUCUAAACGGCACCUCCAACCCCCCUCCUGGUCCCCUGAUUCUGCUAUUGCUUCAUAGCCUGUAAACUGUGAACGUACCCUUUACUUGCCUCCAUUGUUUCGUCUUUGCACUGCCCACAUCUAUUUUAAUGUUUUGAUAUUAUUAUGUCAUGAUAAAGUAUCAUUGUCAAUGAGUAAAAAGCUUGAAUGUGCUGCCAAUAUGAAAGAUUGGGGAGAAUCCUUGGGGAGGUGAGGAGUGUGUUCUACAAUUGAAGAACAGAGCUCAUUCUCCCUUUUGUGUUAAAAUGCUAUGGGGAAACACAACUGCAUGUGUCAUUACACUGCUGUGAGCUUAUAGGCAGUUUGUAUGGAUAUUAUAUGAUAACUCCAGAAAGGAAUAAAGCUCUGCAAUAAUAAA